AUGCUUUCUUCAUUCGCCUCCAAAUUACACUAUCUCCGCUCGCGCCAAUCUAUCAUUUCCCUUCACCUUCAAAUUCUUCUCUUUCACAAUACCACCACUGACAGAAGCCCUCGAUUUCUUCCCAAGCCCGCGUCAAUUCCCAAUCCAAACCAUCCGAAACCCAACCUCGUGGCCAUUCAGAACCCGACCCACUCCGAUUACCCGGAUUUACAACCCGCUGCAGUUAUUGAAACGCUCAAUUGCUACGCCAAUGACUGGAAGCUGGCAUUGGAGUUCUUCAACUGGGCCGAGACCCAGUGCGGGUUUCGGCACACCACUCAGACGCUCAAUCGUAUGAUCGACAUUCUCGGUAAGUUCUUCGAAUUCGAUGCCGCCUGGAAUCUAAUCGAGAAAACGAGAAGUAAUCCGCAUUCUUCACCUGAUCACACGACUUUCCGCGUGUUGUUCAAGCGCUAUGCAUCUGCCCACCUUGUUAAAGAAGCCAUUGAUGCUUUCUGCAAACUGGAUGAGUACAAUUUGAGGGACGAAACAUCGUUCUCAAACCUGAUCGAUGCUCUGUGCGAAUACAGGCACGUGAUUGAAGCUGAAGAUUUGUGCUUUAAGAAAAAUUGGGCUGACGAAUACGGUUUUGAUAUCUUGAAUUUCAAUGUAGAAAGUACGAAAAUAUACAAUAUGAUUUUGCGUGGCUGGUUUAAAAUGGAGUGGUGGAGAAAAUGCAGGGAGUUUUGGGACGAGAUGGAUAAGAAGGAUGUGAAGAAGGACUUGUAUUCAUACUCGAUAUACAUGGACAUUCAGUGUAAGUGCAGAAAACCUUGGAAGGCCGUGAAAUUGUACAAGGAGAUGAAGAAAAAGGGUAUCCAAUUAGACGUGGUGGCAUACAACACGGUAAUACGGGCACUCGGGCUUUACGAGGGUGUUGAUGCGUCAAUGAGGCUUUACAAAGAGAUGAUUGAAUUAGGCUGCCAGCCAAACGUUGUAACAUUCAACACGAUUAUUAAGCUCUUGUGUGAUAGCGGGAGGUAUAGAGAGGCACAUAAGGUGUUUGAUCUAAUGAUCAAAAAGGGUUGUGAGCCGAAUAUAGUCACCUAUCAUUGCUUUUUCACUAGCCUUGAAAAGCCCAGAGAGAUUUUGAAACUGUUUGAUGGGAUGCUGGAGAGUGGGGUCCGCCCGAGGAUGGACACUUAUGUGAUGCUCAUGAGGAAGUUUGGGAGGUGGGGCUUCCUGAGGCCCGUUUUACUCAUGUGGAAGAAAAUGGAAGAGCAUGGGCUGGGCCCAGAUGAGUUUGCGUAUAAUGCUUUGAUUGAUGCUUUGGUGCAGAAAGGUUUGGUGGAUACGGCACGUAAAUAUGAGGAUGAAAUGUUGGCGAAAGGGCUUUCGGCUAAGCCGAGAGCUGAGUUACGGGCUAAUGUGGAUGGGGCCGGGUUUACAGUGCAUAGAUCAAUAUUUGCUCUAAAUGGAGGUGAUGAUCGACAGAGAGUGUUGCUAAAGAAUAUAUAUGAAAGUGGUCAUGCUCAGCUGAACCAUGAGAGAUAAACAAUGCUCAACUCAAAUAACAUCUACUAACUCAUUGAUCUCUAACAAGUUUGCUAACAUUGAUUCAAUUCACGGGAUAGGGAAAAUUUCUUCUUCAUAAGUCGAAUGGCGGGACUUGAGAAAGAGCAGACAGUUUCUCCAUUUUCCUGUACAAAUAAAUAAAUAAAUAAAACGCUAGACGAUCGAUCGAUCAUGUCGUUUUUCGAACCAAGCUUGCUAACAAGCUUGAACUCGAACUUCGACGAGCAUCAGUGGGUCAAACACAUCCAACACACUCUAGACGAAGAGCUCGAGUCUGAAAACUCGGCCCGCAUCCCCAUCACUAUAUUCAGCGUCCCAAGACCCCUGAUGCAGUGCAGCCCGGACUCGUACGUCCCACAACAAGUCGCCAUCGGCCCAUACCACCACUUCCGGCCCGAAGUCUACGACAUGGAGCGAUACAAAGUGGCCGCCGCCAAACGAAACCAGAACGAGCUCCCGAGCAUCCGUCUCCAGGACAUCGUCGACCACCUCCUUCGCCUCGAUCUCCGUGUCCGGGCCAACUACCACCGGCCCAUUAACCUCGGCCCGGAAACUCUGGCCUGGAUGAUGGCUGUGGACGCGUGCUUCCUCCUUGAGUUCUUCCAGGUCUGCGGGGUCAAGAAAGGCAAGGUCCUCGCCAAAACCCCGUCCAGACUCUCCCACUUGAUUCAUCUAUCGGGCAACAAGACGGCCCACAACGCCAUUCUCCGCGACAUAGUCAUGCUCGAGAACCAAAUCCCGUUGUUCGUAUUGAGACUUCUCUUGGAGCUCCAGUUAUCGUCUCUCGACACGACCGAUCAAUUGCUCGCCGCCAUGCUGACCUCGCUCGCCGACGAGAUCUCGCCGUUCCGAACGGCGGCCGUCGUCGAAAUCAAGGACUGCCCGCAUUUGCUCGAUUUUCUCUACCGCCGCGUCGUGCCCAAACCGGAGGAGGACCCAAAAUCCGAGUCGACGGUCGAAAUCGACGGAGGGGAGGAGGAAGAGAGCAAAGGUCGUUCGUCCUCGUCCCUGACAGGUGGCAGCUUCUCGAAGCCGAGCAACCUGCGCGAGAUGUUCGGGAACGCGUGGGAGCAGCAGUCAGGCGCGACGUGGAUCAAGAGAACGUGGAGCUCCCGUCCUGUCCAGCUCGUCGUGAAGCUUCCGUGGACGAUCAUCUCCAAAAUCCCGAUCGUGAACAUGGUGAAGGAUCCAGUUGAGAACAUGUUCGCGAGCCUAUGGCGGGCGGAGGACGACGAAUACAGUAAUAAGACGAAAAAGGACGACGAUAUCCACAAGGCCCCAUCGCUUGACGAGAUCACGAUCCCGUCAGUGUCAGAGCUGUCGGGUAUCGGGGUUCGGUUCGUGGCGGCGGCCGACGGGGGCAUAUCGGGAAUGAGGUUCGACGAGGCGACGCUGACCUUCACGAUACCCACGGUGGAGCUGGACGUGAACUCGGGGGUGGUGCUGAGGAACCUUGUGGCGUACGAGGCGUGCUGCGUGUGGGGCCCGCUGGUGUUGACGAGGUUCGUGGAGCUGAUGAAUGGGAUCGUGGACACGGAGGAGGACGCGGGGAUACUGUGCCGGAGUGGGGUGAUUGUGAACCGUUUGAAGAGCGAGAGGGAAGUGGCGGACUUGUGGAACGGGAUGAGCAGGUCGAUUAGGCUGACGAGAGUGGGGUCGUUGGAUAAGGUGAUUGGGGAUGUGAAUAGGUAUUAUAACGGGAGGUGGAGGGUGAAGGCGGGGAAGUUUAUGAGGAGGUAUGUGUUUGGUUCGUGGAGGGUGCUUACGUUCCUUGCGGCGCUCGUGCUUUUGAUGCUGGCGGCUCUGCAGUCGUUCUGCCAGGUGUACAGCUGCAGCAGGUUCUUCCCGAUCGAAGUUGUGGGGCCGGGUGGGACGUGACGUGAAAUGGGUCUCGUACGUGGUGUAGCUUGUUUGUCGUUGUGAAUAAAGAUUCAUCAUCGCCUCUACCAUCAUCCCAAACAAGUGUGUGUGGGAGUGCAAAAAAAAAAAAGAUUGCUUUCUUGGGGAAGAGCUUUUUAAAACAUUUGCUUUAUUGAUUUGUGUGGUUUACGAAAAAUAUUUUUGCUCGUCUGAUCCCGGAAGAUCCUCGCCGCUACCUUGGUUGCUUUUUGGGUCAUUGGUCGUCAAUCUCUCAAGCGGCGUGGCGGUGGAAGUUUUGCGGAGUUGGGUUGCGAUCCCGACGAUCUCGUUGAGGUGGUUGGGGUUGAGAAGAAUGGGUUAUCCCCUCUGUCCCUUUUGCUCCUCGUGCUUGGGCCGAGGGAUGGCCGGCCUGACGAGCUGGGCCUGUAGUGUGGGCGGAGCUCGGAGCGGUUGUGUUGUGGUGGGGGUUGUCCAGUUAUUCUUUGGCUAAGGGGUGGGGUCGAUCGCCUGGAUUCGAGUUCGAGUUUGUGGGUGUUAGUCACAGUUAGGCGUGUGUUGCAGUUUCUGGUUCUAAGACUAGGGGCUAGAACCGGUCCGUAGAGGUGGUCGACUUGUGUGUCGUGGUCGUAGUUUGCUCGGUGCUUUUGUAAGGGCCUAUUUAUUUUGUGUAUUUAGGUUGUGAUUGUGUGUAGUUUGUGUUUUUUAUGUGUUUCUCUUUGUUUUUGGGUUAUUUUAUCCUGUUGUUGGGAUCUGUGUAUUCUCCUGUUGGGAGUUGGUGUUAUUGUGGGUUUGUUGUUGUGGCCUAGGCUCCCGUAUGGGAUGUCCUCCGA